GCAGAGUGACGUGUGUGCGUGCAUUUGAAUAAUCCGUGAGAGGCAGCGUGAGACACUCACUCGGAACAGAAUCACCCGCACGGACCCGCAGCAGUUUGUCUCAGUGUGAACCGAACGCGUCGUCAUGAACAGCAUGAGGAGUCUGAUGAGAGGCGUGACGCCCGUCCUGAGCCGCGCAGUGCAUUCUGGGAUGCGCACGUCAUCCUCCGCGGCGUCCAGAGCCAAACCCGCGGAGCGUCCGCUGAAUUCGGAGGAGGUUUACGCUCGCGAGGAUCGAUACGGCGCUCAUAACUACCACCCGCUGCCCGUCGCGCUGGAGCGAGGAGAGGGCGUUCACGUGUGGGACGUCGAGGGCCGCAGGUACUUUGACUUCCUGAGCGCGUACAGCGCCGUUAACCAGGGUCACUGCCACCCCAAGAUCAUCGCCGCGCUGACGGCUCAGGCUUCACGGCUGACGCUCACCUCCAGAGCCUUCUACAACGACGUGCUGGGCUUCUACGAGCAGUACAUCACCGACCUGUUCGGAUACGACAAAGUGCUGCCCAUGAACACAGGUGUGGAGGGCGGGGAGACGGCCUGUAAGCUGGCCCGUAAGUGGGCGUACACCGUCAAGGGCGUCCCGAAAAAUCAGGCAAAGAUCGUGUUUGUGGACGGGAAUUUCUGGGGUCGUACGAUGGCGGCCAUUUCCAGCUCGACGGACCCCAGCAGCUACGAGGGUUUCGGUCCGUUCAUGCCCGGAUUUGAGGUGGUCCCGUAUAACGACGUCGCUGCACUAGAGAAAGCGCUGCAGGAUCCAAAUGUGGCGGCGUUCAUGGUGGAGCCCAUCCAGGGUGAAGCAGGUGUGGUCGUUCCUGAUCCUGGUUAUCUCAUAAAAGUCCGGGAGCUUUGUACCAAACACAAUGUUCUGUUCAUUGCCGAUGAGGUUCAGACCGGUUUGGCCCGUACUGGGCGGCGUCUGGCUGUGGACCACGAGGCAGUGAGGCCAGAUCUGGUUAUUCUGGGUAAAGCUCUGUCAGGAGGAGUGUAUCCUGUCUCUGCUGUUCUGUGUGAUGAUGAGGUGAUGCUGACCAUCAAACCUGGAGAACACGGAUCCACGUAUGGAGGAAACCCUCUGGCCUGCCGGGUCGCCAUCGCCGCUCUGGAGGUUCUGGAGGAGGAGAAUCUGGCUCAGAAUGCGGAUCGGAUGGGUCAGAUUCUCCGCGCCGAACUCAACAAGCUGCCGCGGGAGAUCGUGACCGGUGUGCGCGGGAAAGGCCUCCUCAACGCCAUCAUCAUCAAAGAGACUAAAGACUGUGACGCCUGGAGGGUGUGUCUUCGUCUCCGUGACAACGGUCUGCUGGCCAAGCCCACUCAUGGUGACAUCAUCAGACUAGCCCCGCCCCUCAUUAUAAAGGAGGAUGAGGUCAGAGAGUGUGUGGACAUCAUCAGCAGGACCAUCAUGUCCUUCUAAACGAGUCACUGGAAUCUCCAUCAUCAUCGUCUGAGUGAUUUUCACCUGUAAUUCUUCUGAUUUUAGCCUGGUUUGUGUUUUAUCGCAAGUUUCUCAUGAGCUGUUACAGUCGUUCAGGUCAGCGCAGAACACAAAGGGACUUUGAGCACUUUUAGAAUUGUUUAGUUUUAAUUGUUUAGCUUGUUUCGUUUUUUCGUUCUCAUUGUCGAAUAGCAGUUUGUCUCUGGACGAAGCUCUGUUUUAGUUCUGAUGAGGUCUCACGGACGUUUCUGCUCCGGGUUCUGUGAUGUUUACGGUUUCCUUCCUCCGGAGGAAGAUGAAUGAAGGUCGCUGUCACAGUGUUUGGCACAUGCUUAGAAGUCCCACAUUUCUCUGUGGACAUUUGAAUAGAAAUUAGUUUUUCUCCCUGAUGAGAGAAUAGUGCACUUUAACCGCUCGUAUUAAUGAUGUGAAACCUAGACGUGAUCAAACUGAAUUAUUCACAGGCAGAUUCUGCUGCGUUUAUUCAUGACUGACAAAUGGAGCAUAAGGAGAACAGCGUUUCACAGGAGAGACUGUUUCAGUGUGUGUGUGUGUAGAAUGUUUAAUGAAUGGAGUGUUCACUCACGCAUCAGAUGAUGUUUUAUUUCCGUUCUUAAAUAAAUUUUCAGUCAUCUGAGA